GGCUUCACGUUUAAUUGUGUGUGAUUAGUAACUAACAUUUGUAACUCAAACGUCUGUAUUAUGUGUUAAUGAAAGAAACUGCUGCAGGUGCAAUGAAGAGAGAGACAGGUGAGUGUGAUAUAUGGAAAGGAGGAGAUAUGGUUGAUCAUGUGAUGAACAGUUAAAUGGGUUGUCCUCAAUAAAAUGUAUAAAACUAACAUUCUCCAUCCCUAAAAGAAAGACAGACACCUUUAAUCAACCAUGAAGAUGCUCUUCAAGUGCCUGUGGAUCUUACUGGGAUUUUUACUUAUUGAGGAAAUGGCAAAUGGACAAGAAGAGAACGCAGCACUUUGGGGCAAAACUAGUCAGUCGUCAAAUUAUGGGGAAUGGGUAUCUACACGUGCUAUUGAUGGUUUGCUCACCACCUGGGCCCACACUAACCCAGAGACCAACCCGUGGUGGAGAGUGGAUCUACUGAAGGUAUACAGAGUGAACAGAGUGACCAUCACUAACAGACCGAGCCAUGAAUCGAGGAUAAAUGGGGCAGUGAUUCGUGUCGGGAACCUCCUUGACAUCUACAGCAACCCCAUAUGUGGUGUAAUUUCUACUCUUGCAGCCAGUGCCACGGCCACUUUCUCAUGUGGUGGGAUGGAGGGACGUUAUGUGGUUGUUCAUAUUCCUGGAAAUAAGAAAAUUCUUAGUCUUUGUGAAGUUGGAGUCUACUGGUAUUUGGCAGGUAAUUCAUUGCUGUAGAGCACUUUUCAUUAUUGAAUGUAUUAAAUACUAUUUUAAAAAGUCAAAUAAAGGCAUAAUUUGCCAAAAUUUCUUUACAAGUGUCUAAAUGGGACUAAAGAUCCCAUUAUCAUC